GCCGUUUCCCUGUCAGCCGCCCCGUGCAGCACUCCGGCGCCCAGCGGCAGGGUCCCUGCUGUGUGGGUGCGGAGCAGCCACAGUCGGUGUUGAGCUCCAGGGCCCGUGCCUCGGCCAAUCACAGGGGGCCGUGUCGUCAUGGCGACGGGGACGCUAACAGCCUCAUCCCGGGAAGGGGAUGGCGGAGAACCUCUACGGUCCCGGGGUCCGGAUGGGCAACUGGAAUGAGGACGUCUACCUGGAAGAGGAGCUCAUGAAAGACUUCUUAGAGAAGAGGGAUAAGGGACAGCUUCUCAUACAGAGAAGCAUAAGACUGAAAGAGAGCCUUCUGAGACCGACGCAGCUCUCCAUAUCUGAGGACGGACACGUUCACCACGGUGACAGCGUGAUGCUGGUGAACCCCGAUUAUCCCGAGACAGAAGCCGAUGUGUUUCUCAGGGGGGACCUGAGCCUGUGCUUGGCCCCCGAUGAGAUCAGAGCCCAUCUGAGCGACACGCCUGAGGUGCCCUGUGGCCUGAGUGCGGCGCCAACUGAUAUCCCGGUGGGCAGAAACACUUUCAUCAUUCUGAGUGCAGAGCCGGCGGCCACCGGGGACGUGCUCAGAUUCGGGCAGAACUUCCGCCUCGGGAUCACGAGGGGAUCCGAAGACCCCAUGCUGUAUUUAUCAAGUGACCACAGGACCCUGCUGAAGUCGUCCAAGAGGUCCUGGCUGCAGGAGGUGUACCUGACAGACGACGUCUCCUACCUGAACUGCUGGCAGGCGGCCUUCCCCGACCCCCAGCUGCGCCUGGAGCACGAAGGCUUCCCCAUCCCGGCAAACAGCAAAAUUCUCAUCAAUCACUGCCACACGAACCGAGGGCUGGCGGCUCACCGGCACCUUUUUUUAAGGACCUACUUCGGAAAGGAGGCGGAGGUCGCCGCCCACACCCACCUGGACUCGCACAGGGCGGAGAAGCCCAGGAACCACUGGGUGCUGGUGACGGGCAGUCCCAGGAAGGACUCGAGCACCAUGUUGGAUGUGCGCCCACUGCCCAUGCGGGACACUCCUGCCCUGGGGCUGGCGGCCGGCCCGGGGCCCAGGGACGCACCAUGCGUGGCUCCUCGAGACGCCGGUUCCCUCGGCCACGCCUCGAGCUAUUUUAAGGCGCAGAGCUCCCCGACGGUGUAUGAUUGA